CCUAUCUGAGCCUGCCGUCCCACUGCCUUCCGUGGUCAUCUAAGUUUGCAUUGCAGAGUCUAUGGAGCUCCGUAACAUAAAGGUCGAAAUCCUCACUGAUGGUGAUGAGGAUGGAGUGCCCGAAUAUUCGGUUGACGAGCAGGACGAACGUCUCAUUAGCUGUUAUAUUGCAAGUGAGGCUGGCAAGUCGUUCUCAGUCGACGUGUAUAAUGGGCUGUCGGAUGAGAUCGUAAGUGCUGACUGCUACAUGGACGGAGAAAAUGGGGACCGGCUCCUUGUUGAUCCAGGAAGCUGGUCGGAAAUAAAGGGGGUCACCGUUGCCCGAGGCAUGCAGAGAAGUUAUAUCUUCGCAAACGUUCAAGUCACGGACGACGAAAAUGUCGUACAUGAUAUCCAAGAUCUGGGUUCAAUCAAGAUAUGCAUUUAUCGCGUCGUACGGCGGGGAGUUGCACAGGAACCUAGUGCCUAUGGAUGGGAUGGUGCCAAUGAGCCCAUUCAUGAGCUCAGCAAGAAGGCUGGGUUGCACCGAAUUUCGCUAGCAGAUGUUGUGCCGGACGAUUCGACGUUCUCCACCUGCGAUUACAUAGAUGAGAAACAAAAUCCAUAUGCCACCUUCAGGUUCAUGUAUAGACCACUGGAGAUUCUCAAGGCACAAGGUAUCAUUCCUUCAACUCCAACUCCGGAGCCCGACGCCAUCGUUGCCCGGGCCAGCUCGAGCGCUCAACAUUCUUUGCCUAACAAUGACAACGGUACAGAGUCAACGUCCGACGAGCAGCCACACCUAUUGCAGCAAAGUCAGCCGAUUGCAGGGCCAUCCUCACCAGCAAAACGUGCGGACAAAAGACGAGCGCCUGCAGAGGCAGGUCCAGGCGAGUCGAGUCAAGCGAAUAAGAGGCAGCGUCCGGCCAAUCCGCGUGAGGAAGACGUGAAGCCAAACCUCGACGACAUCAAGCCUCACAUCGCCAGCCACGACCGAGAACGAGACAAUGCCAACGUCGCCUCUGCAGAGCAGAUCGUCGGUUACCUGCGUGCUCAACUAGACAAUGCAAAACGGGAUCUGGCGGAGAAGGAGCAAAUUGUACGCUACGUGACCACCCAGUUAGAAGCCGCAGAACGCGACCUAGCGACGAAAAAGGCUGGUCGAGCUCGCGAAGGUACUGUGAAGCGCGAGCAGGCGGACAGGAGCAUAGCUACUUCUUCUGCGGUUACCAUCGACCUCACAGAUGACUGAGUACGAGGUGCUGUUUUUGAGGAUUUCUAUCUAGGCUACGCCGUAGUGGAUGAGGCACCGUGCGGCUCAGGAUUUGUGCUGUCUUCAACGGGUAUCAAC